ACUCUGAGAUGAUGGGAAGUUUAUUUCCUUAAUUUUGUCCUGAGUGUGCGUUUCUCUCCUACCCUGCUGAGAUCACAUUGGGUUUUCUGCUUAAUAAAUAUGUUGUCAAUAGUCCGUUGAUAACUUAGAAUGUGUAGUACUCAUUUUGUUCUUUUCUUUCAGAUUACAGCAAAAGCAGCAGUCAUUUUUGUUACACUUCAGUACAAUGUUACAAUUCUUGCCACAGAAGAACAAUCUGCAGAAACUGUCUCUCUCUAUUACUAUGGUUUCAAAGACUUGGCUACAAUUUUCUUCUAUAUGCUGGUAGCAAUAAUCGUACAUGCCAUUAUUCAAGAAUAUGUGUUGGAUAAAAUUAACAGGAAAAUGCACUUUUCUAAAACAAAGCAUAGCAAGUUUAAUGAAUCUGGACAACUGAGUGCUUUCUACUUUUUCUCCUGUGUUUGGGGCGCAAGUAUUCUUGUCUCUGAGAAUUAUGUAUCUGAUCCAACGUCUUUGUGGAAGGACUACCCUCACACUCUGAUUCCAUUUCAAAUGAAAUUUUUCUACAUCUCUCAGUUGGCAUACUGGUUUCAUGCUUUUCCGGAACUGUACUUCCAGAAAACUAAAAAAGAAGACAUCCCUCGCCAGCUAGUCUAUAUUGGACUUUAUCUUUUUCAUAUUGCUGGAGCCUAUAUUUUGAACUUGACUCAUCUUGGACUUGUUCUUUUGGUGUUACAUUACUUUGUUGAAUUCCUCUUCCACAUCUCCCGCCUCUUCUAUUUUAGCGAUGAAAAAUAUCAGAAAGGGUUUUCAGUGUGGGCUGUUCUUUUCGUUCUGGGGAGACUUCUGACCUUGAUUCUCUCUGUCCUCACUGUUGGCUUUGGUCUGGCUAGAGCAGAGAAUCAGGUGCUGGAUUUUAGUACUGGAAACUUUAAUGUGCUAGGUUUCAGGAUCGGUGUACUGGCAUCAAUAUGUGCAACUGAAGCCUUUAUGAUGUGGAAAUUCAUCAAUUUUCAACUUAGAAGGUGGAGAGAACAUUCUUCUUCUCAACCCCAGUCACAGAAAAAGAAGUUUGUAACAGCCAAAGGAAAGCCCUCCAAAAAAGAGAGAGAAAAUGGAGUAAAUGGAACAGUAACCUCAAAUGGAGCAGACUCACCUCGUAACAGGAAGGACAAAUCCUUGUAAAACUGAGUUUUAUUAAGUUAAUUGACUAAUGUCCCCAAAGAAUCUGCUUUUUACUCUGAAAAGCCCUUCAGUGCUAGAGAUUUCACUGAUGCAGAAAUACAAUUCAUGCUUUUUGAUUAUUGCUGUCGUAUUGUUUUGUGAAACUCUUUUUGAAACUAUUUUGACUAAGGAAGUUUGCCUUCAAAUAUUUAGGGGGCCACAACACUUUUUGAACAACGUUGAACACUUUUUUUAAACCUUUAGUGUGAUGAGAUAUUAGUCGGUGACUUCUGUCUACUGAAUCAAAAUUCUACCUACUGAGGAUCACUGAGACGAUGAAUUCUACCUGCCAGUUUUUAUAAUUUUGGUGAGAGAUGCUGUUCCAGAAAUACCACAUUUUCCAAGAUCUCUAAGAAGUAUCACAAAGUUGAAGUAAAACAUUUAAUAUCUAUUUUUUAGAUAUUUUAACACUGCAGCAUACUACUUUGAUUCCUAUUUACAGCUCAACUUGGAUUUGUGUGACCACCAAAAUGAAACAUGCAUUAUUUUGUAGGUAACAGCUAUGAUGUUUGAUUUAAGAAAUGCCCGUGUCAUUAAAACAAAAUCUAACUGAGUUGAAAUGUUGCAGAGUCUUAUUGUCUAUGUUGGCUAGAAAUUUCUUGUGAGGAAAAAUACCUUUCCAAGGUAUAGCUUUAGCUCUUGAAAAUUAGAAGAGAGAAUGUUUAUUUUAGAGGAGUGAUUUGCCUAGCACUAUUUGAAUAAGUUAAUUGAGUUAACUUGUAAUAAUUGCGCUUAUACAGUCUGCAUAUCUGAGAGCAUUGGUGUGAUAUUUGACCCUUUUUGAAAACUCACUUUGUCUACAAUUUUUAGAUAGCAUCUUUUCUUAAUGUGCGAUGUGAUUUAAUUUAGAAGGUAACUGAAAGGCUCCACCAAGAGCAAAUCUGUUUAAACUAAUGAAGUUGCAACAAACAUUCCUUUACUCUAACUCUUUUACUUUGGUUCCAUCUCUAAUUGGGAAAUGGUUCUGUUUACAGCAUAUAUUUUUUGAUGAAAAAUAUAUUUAAAAGUGACAAUGGGGGGUCUUUGUCUGUUUUGUUUUUCAACAGAAUUGUUGGUGUCAUUGGUUACCCUUGAACUAUCGUUACUUAAGGUUACUUCCACACCUGUCUGUCUUAGCUUUAAGUGUGAGGCCUUGCCCGUUUAUUAUAUUACCAGUUUAAUAUUCAGUUCAUGUUUGCAUAUUUUUGUUUUGUAAUGGUAUAACCCUGCCCCAGAAAAACUUACUUAAAUCAACAUUUUAAAUGAACUUUUUAGUUGAGUAUGUUUUCAGUUUGACACAACUGCUAGACUGCUUUUUUAUAAAUAGAAGCCCUUAUGAGCAAUCUUAAAUUCAUUGAAACAGAAUAUUUGUAAUUAUAAAUUGUGGGUAUAGGAAACUGCUUUAAUACCCAAUGAAGUAAUAAAAAAUAUUUAAUCUUUA